AUGGCUGCGCCGCCGGCCGAGCGCUCGUUCGACGUCAUCGUGGUGGGCGCGGGCAUCAUCGGCAGCUGUGCGGCGCACGCGGCGGCGGCCCGGGGCGCGAGCGUGCUCCUGCUCGAGCGCUUCGACCUGCUGCACCAGCGCGGCUCGUCGCACGGCGAGUCCCGCACCACCCGCCCCACCUACACGCGGCCGCAGUACCCUCCCAUGGUCCGGCUCGCGCACCGCCUCUGGCACGACGCCGAGCGCGACGCCGGGUACACCGUGCUCACGCCCACCCCGCACCUCGACCUGGGCCCCCGGGACUCGCCGGCCUUCGUCGCCGCCAUCGCCAACGGCGGCGCCACUGAGCUCGCCCCGGCGGGGGACGCUUCGCGGCCGGCGUGGGCGGAGGCGUUCAGGGUGCCCGAGGGGUGGGCCGCUGCGACCAGCGGGCCGGCCGGUGUGAUAAAGGCGACCAAGGCCAUGGCCAUGUUCCAAACGCUCGCCGCCAAGAUGGGCGCCGUCGUGAGGGACAGAACCGAGGUGGUCGACGUCGCCAGGCAAGGAGAAGGAAACACGAUCGUGGUGAAGACAUCCACCGGCGAUGAGUUCCACGGCGGCAAGUGCAUCAUCACGGUGGGUGCGUGGGCGAGCAAGCUGGUGAAGUCCGUCACCGGCGCCGACCUGCCCGUGCAGCCGGUGCACACCCUCGUGUGCUACUGGAGGGUCAAGCCCGGGCACGAGGAGGAGCUGACGACGGAGGCCGGCUUCCCGACGUUCGCGACCUACGGCGAGCCCGGCUUCUACGGCACGCCGUCGAUGGAGUACCCGGGCCUGAUCAAGGUCUGCAGGAACGGCGGGCCGCCGUGCGACCCGGACGGCCGGGACUGGGCCACCGGGACCGGCGCGGGCGGGAUCGCGGAGGUCGUGGCGCGGUGGAUCGACGAGUUUAUGCCGGGCGUCGUGGACACCGCCGGCGGGCCGGUGCUCCGGCAGCCGUGCAUGUGCUGCAUGACGCCCGACGAGGACUUCGUGAUCGACUUCCUGGGCGGGGAGGAGUUCGGGAAGGACGUGGUGGUCGGCGCCGGGUUUUCCGGUCACGGGUUCAAGAUGGGCCCGGCCGUCGGGACGAUCCUCGCCGAGCUGGCGCUGGACGGCGAGUCGGGCACGGCGGCGGAGGCCGGCUUGGAGCUCGAGCACUACCUGAUCGGACGGUUCGAGGGCAACCCGAUGGGGAACGCCACGAGUCACUGA